CGGGACAGAGGCUGCGGGACGUGCUCCAUGCGGCCGAUCAUCAUGUCCGGGCACUUUCUACUCACGCCCAUCCCCGAGUCCACCUCCUCCGACUACCUCCUGCCCAAGGACAUCAAAUUGGCGGUGCUGGGUGCGGGCCGCGUGGGCAAGAGCGCAAUGAUUGUGCGCUUCCUGACCAAGAGGUUCAUCGGCGAUUACGAGCCCAAUACAGGCAAGUUGUACUCGAGGCUUGUGUACGUGGAGGGAGACCAGCUGUCGCUGCAGAUCCAGGACACCCCGGGGGGCUUUCAGGUUCAAGACCAACUCCCACAGGGAAUAGAUUCGCUCUCCAAGUGCAUGCAGUGGGCAGAAGGCUUUCUGCUGGUCUAUUCCAUCACAGACUAUGACAGCUACCAGUCCAUACGCCCCCUUUACCAGCACAUCCGGAAGGUCCACCCAGACUCCAGAGCCCCAAUCAUCAUUGUGGGUAACAAGGGUGACCUUCUGCAUGCUCGCCAGGUGCAGACACAUGAAGGCAUUCAACUGGCCAAUGAACUGGGUAGCCUGUUCUUGGAAAUUUCCACUAGCGAGAACUAUGAAGACGUCUGUGAUGUGUUUCAGCAUCUCUGCAAAGAAGUGAGCAAGCUGCACAACCUUGGUAUGGAAAGAAGGAGAGCCUCCAUCCUUCCCCGGCCACGCUCCCCCAACAUGCAGGAUCUGAAGCGGCGCUUCAAGCAAGCUCUGACGUCCAAAGUCAAAACCCCGUCUACCCUGGGCUGAAUGCAUUUUGGGUCCAUGGUCUCCUGGGAAGAUGGAGAUUUCCCUUUCCCUUUCUAUUUUGUUAUUUUUGUUUGGGGGCUACACCCAGGGUACUCAGGGACUAUUCCUAGCAUGCUGCCAGGCAAUGGAGGGGUCACUCCUGGCAGAGCUCAGGGGAGCAAGCUGAGCAGGCAAACCCUGGCCUCCAGCAUGCAAAGCAUGUACUCUAACCCUAUGAGCGAGUCUGGCCUGUGAGGUGUCCUUUU